AUGUUUGCUCAUCUCAGCUUGCUUGAUGAUGGUAGCUUGUUGGCUAGACUUCAAGUUAAACCAACAUGGACUGAGCAGAUUAGGGGUAAGCAGUUACUGGAUGGGUUACUGGUUCCUCGUUUUCGACAAGUUGAGAAUGGGGAGAUUUCAGAUUUUGGACUUAAUAGUGAUGGGGUACUGUGUUUUCGUGGGAGAGUCUGUGUACCGAGGGAUUUGGAUCUGAGGCAGUCUAUACUACAAGAGGUGCAUGGUAGUCCUAAUGCCAUGCAUCCUGGCGGAAACAAGUUAUACCGAGAUCUUCAUGAGUUGUACUGGUGGCCAGGACUUAAGCGCGAAGUUACCGAUUUUGAUUCGGUAUGGGUUAUCGUGGACCGAUUGACUAAAUCUGCCCAUUUUAUACCGGCCCGUCCUGAUUAUUCACUGCAGAAGUUGGCUAAGUUAUAUGUGGAUGAGAUUGUGAGAUUGCAUGGGGUACCAGUUUCCAUUAUAUCUGACAGGAUCCUCGAUUCACAUCUCAGUUUUAGAAGAAAUUACACGAGGCACUGGGUACAAGGUUGGACUUCAGUACUACGUUUCAUCCUUAGACAGACGAUCAGUCAGAAAGGGUGA